AUGGGUUUGAAUGGCGGUAUCCCUCAGGGCAAGGUGGUAUACAUAACCGGCGGCAGUGUAAGGCUGGCGCGUCGCCACAUCAGCCGGGUGACGUCGUACGGGCAGCAGGCCGCCGCCUCUCGGGCCGUCUGGCAGCGCUGGGGCCGGCUGGACAUUACAUGCGGCACAAUUCGCCCGCGGAAGGAGGGGAGAUUGUCGUCACGGGAAGCGUCUUCUCCGUCUACCCCGGUGCCGAUGUUUCCAGAGUACACGGCAGCCAAGGCGGGCGCGGUGACGAGGGAAUAUACGGAUGAGGAGGUAGCUGCCAGCUGGAGGAGGGUGGCGGACAACAAGGCCAGGGAGGGGCGACGAGCCACCCGACGCAAGCCUCUUUCGCCAGAGGUGGCACGAGGCGACUCCAAGGUCUAA